AUGGCUGACAGCAACUUCCCCUACCAUCGCGAGGAGCCUGUCAGUGCGCGACACCAAGCGGAACGUAACAAGACCUCAAAGCCGUCCGAGCCCGGUAGCAAUCAUGCAUUCAGUCCCAAAGGAUUGCCCUUGGAGACUCCUGAACAGUUCCAAGCCCUUAUGCAGCUCGGUCAACAGAAUCCAAACCACAGCCCAGCUUGGCCCAGUCUGGACUAUCUUUUUGAAGAGAAUGCACGUCUCCAGUCCGAUAUUCGUUCUUCCCAGAUUCGUUCCAGCGAACAGCGCGCUUCGGACAAGGCAAAGCGCGAUGCGAUGCGGGCACAACUUGAGCGUGUCAAGAAGAUGGAGAUCUCGAAGCGACCCGUGAGCACCAAGGCGGAAGAGACAGUUCAAGAGAAGAGGAUGUCGGCGCCACCAAACGUUUUCGUUGAACCUCGGCCACGCUCGCGAUCACAAGAUGAUACUGUCCCGAUAGCCGAACGCGUAUCUCUACACAGCCAGGCCUCAGACGACAUCGCCAGAUCGCUCGGUCACCGAAACAAAAGCCACUCCACUCCGCCAGGCCUCAACGACGAUGACCAUUCCCCUCCGCAUGAUUGCGAUGAAGCUCACGUUAUAAGCGAAAGUCCUGAGGAGCUCGCAGUUUUUGCGGAGGUACAGAAGGCCAAGGAUAAGACCGGUCAGGCAAAGUCAGGGAAUGGGUGCGCAGAACAGGCGAAGAAGCGAUUGACUGGCCGCAGCUUGAAGGCUGCCAAGGGUGUGUUGAAGGGUGCGAUGAGGAGGCUUGGAAUCCGCCGGGAUGCAAGCACCUAG